AUGUCCCAUACACAUACUCCCAAUGACCCGAUGGCGGCUGUAUCGGCGGUGGCGUCGGUGCUUGGGUAUGGUGUUGGUGAUAUCGCCUGCGCCUUACAACUCUUCCAACAAAUGCAGAUGCAGCAGAUAAAAACAAGAAGAGAGCCAAGAACAACCAUAACUAUUCCAGCGGUCGUCAGUUCAAUGAC